AUGAAGGAAGGCACUCAGUCACAUGUGACUGAAUUCAUUCUUUUGGGUUUCUCGCAUAUCCAAGAAUUUCAGAUCAUCCUAUUUAUGAUUUUCCUUGUGAUAUACCUAAUAACCUUGAUAGGAAACACCCUCUUAGUGUUGGUCUCCACGGUGGACCCCACCCUUCAUACCCCCAUGUACUUUUUCCUCAGGAAUCUGUCCCUUAUAGAUAUUGGCUACACCACUGUCAUCAUCCCCAAAAUGCUCAACAAUUUCCUGUCCAAGAAUCCAAGUAUUUCCUUUGGUGGCUGUGCAGCUCAGAUGUAUUUCCUUUUUUUUGGAUCCUCAGAGUGUUGGAUCCUGACAACGAUGGCUUAUGACAGACAGGUCGCCAUCUGUGACCCGCUCCGCUAUUUGCUCGUUAUGAACCAGGGGCGCUGCCUUCACCUGGCCAUGGCUUCCUGGCUAUCAGGGAUUCCCCUGGCAACAGUACAGACUACAAUGAUGUUUACAUUGCCCUUCUGUGGGCCUAAUGUAAUUAACCAUUUCUUCUGCGAUGGCCCUCCUCUCUUAGAACUGGUGUGCACAGACACCUUCGCGUUUGAGGUGUAUGGUGUCACGGUGACCGUGACUUUUCUGAUGUUCCCCUUUGGAGUGAUCAUUGUGUCUUAUGUCCACAUUCUCGUCACCAUUCUGAAGAUGUCCUCUGCUGAGGGCCGUCACAAAGCCUUCUCCACCUGCUCGUCCCUCCUCAUUGUGGUCUCGCUGUUCUUCAGGGCUGCGAGCUUGACCUAUUUCCGAGUCAAAUCCUUCUACUCUCCUGAGACCAAGAAGCUGCUUUCUCUCUCCUAUACAGUCUUCACUCCCUUGCUAAAUCCCCUGAUCUACAGUCUGAGGAACCAAGAGGUUAAAGGUGCCCUGAAGAGAAUUCUGGUACAGUACCUAGCAAUCAGGAGUUGCUUAACAAAUAACAUUGAAAAAAUCAGAAAGUUUUGUAUUAAAGGCUAUCUUCACCAUUUCCCCAGUUUCCUGAACUUGCUUCUACUCAGAGAGAACUUAGACACCAUAUGUUCCAACAUCACCUCCUUGAUCCAGGGCUAA